AGUAUUUCCGGUGUCGGUAGAGGAGCGUGGGUCCUGAAGGAAGCAGGAGCACGGAGACGCUUCUUAAAGCGUUACAGGCUACACAGACAGACCGUUGGUGUCUGACUGGAUUCUCCGUUUUCAUAUUCGGUUGGGAUCUGUUUACGGUGCAAUUCAUUAAGUCAGUCGUGUAGAAUCCUGCAAGCCGAAGCCGUUAGUGUAAGUAGUGAGCUACCCGUUAGCAGCGAUGUCGGGUGUUGUACGAGGCCCUGCAGGGAACAACGACUGCCGAAUCUACGUGGGAAACCUUCCCCCAGAUAUCCGCACGAAAGACGUGGAAGACGUGUUCUACAAAUACGGAACGAUCCGAGACAUCGACCUGAAGAACAGGAGAGGGGGGCCUCCCUUCGCCUUCAUUGAGUUCGAGGACCCGAGGGACGCCGACGAUGCCGUGUAUGGGCGCGAUGGCUACGACUACGACGGCUACAGACUGCGUGUGGAGUUUCCUCGCAGUGGCAGAGGCUCCAGAGGCGGCUUUGGCGGGAUCGGUGGAGCUCCCAGAGGCAGAUAUGGACCUCCAUCCAGACGAUCGGAGUACAGGGUCGUUGUGUCCGGGCUUCCUCAGAGUGGCAGCUGGCAGGACCUGAAGGACCACAUGCGGGAGGCAGGUGACGUGUGCUAUGCUGACGUUUACAGAGAUGGAACCGGGGUUGUAGAAUUUGUGCGCAAAGAGGACAUGACCUAUGCGGUCCGAAAGCUGGACAACACCAAAUUCCGCUCGCAUGAGGGAGAGACCGCUUACAUUCGUGUGAAAUUAGAUGGUCCUCGCAGCCCGAGUUAUGGAAGAUCACGCUCCCGUAGCCGUGGCAGCCGCAGCAGGAGCAGGAGUCGCAGUGCCAGUCGCAGUCGGAGCAAUUCCCGUGGCCGCGGCAGAGGAUCGCCCCGCUACUCGCCUCGUCACAGCCGCUCUCGUUCCCGUUCUUAAACCUCCCCGCCACCAAUGUUUUGCCCUUUUUUGAUGUAAUGCCCUCCUGAUUUUACCUCCUAUGAGUUUCUCCAGGUGUCAGCUAUUGAUUUUUUUAAUUUUUGCAUUUCAUAUCCCGAUGUCCUUGUGGAUGAUUUUGGUAUGUAGAUGUCCCCUCCCAACUCCCCCCACCCCUUCAGCUGCUUUGUCUCUUUGUUUUUGUCCCUUUUUCUCUCUUCCUCUGUCAAGUUUUGCAACGUUAGAAAUUGUGCUGUGUUGACUUCAAAAAUGUUGAGGUAUAAGCUGCACUCAAUGUUUUUGCAAGCAUUUCUCUCCCACCGCACCACUCCCCACCCCCCUAUUUCAUUUUUUUUUAUAUAGCUUCUCUUGUUGGGUAUGUGGGGGAUCGGAGCCCGAUGCUAAACUGUAUUUUACCCUUGUGUCUUCCUUUAGACAUCUGAAGAGAAGGAUUAAAGUGAUUUGGAUUAAAACCGUUGUGGAUCACAUUUCAUUUGUAUGGUCAGGAUAGGACAUCUAAUUGAGGAGCAAUCAGGUCGAGGCAAUGGUUUUGAUUGGAGGAGUGGCUCAAUGGAUCCCAGUCCUUGGAGCUGGAUGGGUGGAUCGAUUAGGGAAGGGAUAGGCAAGGAUGGAUGCUCGGAACGGGAUCAGGUUUUUCCAGGAUUCAGAUGAGUUGAUUACAGAACUAAUUGCAGGGGAGCCCUAGAGCAACUUCCCCCCUAGUAGGCCCUCCCCCUGACCAAAGUCUUUCAGUGAUAAUGGCAUUUUAUUUUACAAGAAAAGGAAACUGAGGACCAGGAAGUUGGAUCAAAGGAUGGAAUCGUAGAUGACUGGUAUGAAGGAAAUUAAAAAUUGGGGAGGUUGGGAUGGGGAAUUGUUUGGGAGUAGUUUGUAUGUUUUUAAUUUUGCUUAAUCUUACUUUUAGCAUUUUCAAUAAAAAAAACUUUCUUUCAAACAAGAA